CCUGAUUGGAGAAAGUCUGUCAUAUGACACCAAUGUUUGCUGAUGACGUUGGUUUCUAGGUUUGUUCCCGGUUUUGGACGGAAAGAAAGCCUGCGGGACAGUUAUGGGUCAGGAAGCUGGCAAGCCAGCCUGGCCCAAACCGGCUGGUGGGUAUCAAACAAUCACCGGACGGAGGUACGGCAGGAGGCAUGCUUACGUUAGCUUCCGCCCAACAUCUGCCAAACACAGGAACCCAGCCAGCGUGGAGGAUGUGCCAGAUACGGAAAUGGAUGGUGUCAACAGAGCACAUUCCAUACCUUCAAAAGGGAACAUCUCCUCGAUGCUUCACGCAAUCUUUCCCGUGUCAUCGAAUUCGGUUCACCCAGGGGGGAAAGCCAAAUCUGGCAAAGAUCCUGCCCACAAGAAACAACCUACUUCUAGGAAGUCAUCUGAAGCCCACACGAUCCAUUACAAGAAGCUAAAGAGUGACCAGCCUUUAUCCUGUGACCGGGACCAAAAUGGUUGUAAGAAAAGUGCAGAAGCCAGUGCAUGGCCCAUCCCAGAGGACAACGACAGCAACCCUUCGAAUUCUAGUGUACUAAGUUUUGUAAAUAUUGAUGCUUACGAGCCAGACAGCAGUGGAGGCGAGGAGGAGGGGCAGGGCUCCGAUCCGUCUCACGGUCUCCAGAAAAGACUGGAUGACAUGAUCUUCGAGCUGGGCAAAGAAUUUGACUAUCUCAGUGGUUUGCACUCGUAUUUGUACACAAAAUCCUGCGACGGGACAGACUGUUCCCACAGAGACACUCAAUCAGUGAAAGAUUCCCGAACAGAACUUCGAUCCGGCGCUUGUGCCGAGGAACCCCCCGCUGAUGGUAAUACGCAUGAACCCAAUGGAACGGAUCACCCAGAAAACGUCCCCAAGGAUCAGGGCACGACAGAGGACCUAGUUGCCGAGGGUUCUCCCGUCACCCCCAAAGGUGUCGCUGGACUGGGGAACGAUGACCAAAGAGGGACCCAGUCAGAGAUGGUGGUCAGGCCCAAAAUCCGCAAGCAGACGAGCGAAACGCACCUGGAGAAGAGGAAGAGCGAUGAGGAGGGGGAGCGUUGUGGCUCAGCCAAACAGGCCAGCCAGACCAAGUGCCUGUCUGCACCACCGUUCUUUUUGACGCAGACCGAGAGGCCCAGCCAGGACUUCCUCUUUGACUUUCCCCAGACUGAUCUGAACGGCUUUAGGCCUGCAGAGAGGAGGUUUGAAUGUGGAGAGUCCCGUGGAAAAGUUGUUUCUGAUUAUGAAGUGGACAUCUGGGAAGAUCUGGAGGACUUCAAUGAGACGUGUGCUCCUUUCAUGAAGGCUGAGGAAAGCUCGGAGUGCAGUGAGGGAGAGUGGUCGGCCUCGUGGACGUCAGACUCCGGCUUGGAAAAGGAGCGCCGCUCCAGCCAGGAGAGCUGGGAGACACUGCCCGCCUUGGAUGAGCUGCACAGCAAUGGCAGCAGUCUGGACGACAUCCCAGAGUUCACCCUCCCCCCUGAGGAGCCUACCCCCCUGGAGGAGGGGGAGAUUCCAUGGUUGAUGUACAACGAAGAGACUGGCAGCAGCAGCGACGAAGACCCAGAUGGCAUGAGUCACUUUGUCCACCCGGGCCUCUUCAUCCUCGAUGGCAACAACAACCUGGAGGAUGACUCCAGCAUGAGUGAAGACUUGGACGCUGAGUGGAGGUUGCUUGACGACUUCGGGGAGGGCUUUGGGAUGACCCAGGCCAUGUCGUAUGUAGAUCCUCAGCUCCUCACAUACAUGGCUCUUGAAGAACGCCUAGCGCAGGCUAUGGAGGCGGCUCUGGCCCACCUGGAGUCUCUGGCCAUCGACGUGGAGCAGGCCCACCCCCCAGCCACGGAGCAGGUCAUCGAGGGCUUGCCUCAGAUCACCAUACCACAGGACCACAGUGGGCAGGAGCAGUGCUGUGCCAUCUGCUGCUGUGAGUACGUCAAAGAUGAGAUUGCCACCCAGCUGCCAUGCCACCACAUGUUCCACAAGAUCUGCGUGACUCUCUGGCUCCAGAAGUCGGGCACGUGCCCUGUCUGUCGUCACGUGCUGUCCCCCGCUGUCGCCGACACGCCUGCCCCCACCUCGUUCGUGUCAGAUCAGGACAUCCCACCGUCCAAUUACAGCGCAGCCGGAACACGGUGAAUCCACAGCCACAAAACGUUGGGGGGCGGGGAAGAGGCCUCCAUCUCUUCAAUGAAAACAGUUCUUGCUUUUUCUGUCUCUGCAAAUGUAUAGCUCUGUAUGAAUGAAAUUGUUGAGUUUAGUUCUGCACAAGUGCACAAGUUCUAUGUCCAAGAGUGACAGUUCAGGCUUAUUUUCUGAGAAAAUAUUAUAUGUAUAAUCUCAAAUCUUUGUUACGAAUGUAUGUUUUAAUGAAGUAUAUAAACUAAGUUAACUACCAUUUGUUUUCGCCUGAAAUGCGUUUCAGAUUUUACAUGCACAAAUUGUUUUCAAACAGAUGAAAGCACUGCUUAUGUACCUUACAUUGUACUAAUUUCUUAAUCAUUUGUUUUCCCGUGUUCAAUAAAGGCUGUAGUGUGCGGUAA